AUGUAUCUCAUUUCAUGUACUCGACCAGACUUAGCAUAUGCUGUGAGUAGGCUAAGUAGAUAUACCAAUAAUCCUAGUUCAGAGCAAUGGAAGGGUAUAACAAGAUUAUUAAGGUAUUUGAGAUACACGAGAAAUUAUGGACUGCAUUAUGGCUACAAUCCAGCUGUUGUGGAAGGAUUCAAUGAUGCCAACUGGAUAUCCGAUACGAAAGAUUCUAGAUCUACAAGUGGUUAUGUGUUUACCCUUGGAGGAGUAGCUAUAUCUUGGAAGUCGUCCAAACAAACUCAUAUAGCUAGAUCCACGACGGAAUCUGAGUUUAUCGCAUUAGAUAAAGCUGGAGAAGAGGCAGAAUGGUUGCGUCAAAGUGCAAUGUAUAAUGGCAGAUCAAGGCACAUGCGAUGUCGGCAUAACACGAUACGACAACUACUCUCAACUGGAGUUAUCACGAUUGACUAUGUGAGGUCAAAGGAUAACAUUUUUCUAUUGUAA